GACCGACCAAGCUGGGAGGGGAGUGAAGGCAAUGGAUGGAUGGAAGAAACCCCGCGCCACCCCCCGAAGCCAAAUGCAUUUGGCUUGGUAGUGGUAGGACGUCAUUCGCUAGUGUUUGAUGCAUUUGUUGAAAGAAGCAGAGAGAAGGUAUAUAUAUAUAUACACAUAAUAUAUAACAUAAGCAUUCAUCUGAGGGGGUUUGGGAUGUUGUGCCAACGGGCUCCUUGAUGCAGAUGUGAUUCGUACCCCAACUCCAUCUCAACAUCUCCACUUCCAGUCAGUGGUGCAGCUCUAGUUUGGCGUUUGUUUUUGGUACGGAUGUACCGAGCUCCCAAGCUUCCCAAAAGCCUUGUUUUUCACCUGACUGGGCGGUCAAGCUCUUUUUCAAUUGGCUGCAAGGUGGCUUCAGCUCGGUGGCUCCAGCAAGCUGGCGCAUCAGCAUUUGCCGGCGGCGCGUGCGUGCCAUGGCGACGGCACCUCUCACACCUGGACCUCGCCGCAGUCUCCAGCUCGCAGCACGCAUCACUGUGAAGGGGACCCAUUGGAGCUCCAGCUCCGUGCUCCAACCCGCUGCGUCGAGCUUCGCUCCACACUUCGUCCGCGUCCUUCGCUUGCUGGGCCUCGGCGCCGUCGGCCUCAGCUCGGUGCGGAGCAGUGCUCGAGUGAGUCGCAAGCGAAGUCAAGACGACAAGGAGUGCAGCAGGGUCCCUGGCGUCGCCAGCAACGGCGUUCCAUUGGUCGAAGUGGUGAAGGUGAGUGAUGAGGUGGGCUUAGGUUUGGUGGUGCCCCAGGGUGCCACAGCUGGAAGUCUUCUAAUAGAAGAAGCCCCGCUGUUCCAUCGGCCACAUGGACACUCUCUGGCUGACUCCGUGCUAGCCUUUAAUCAGAUGACAGAAGCGAAGAGAAAGCUAUUGCUGAGCCUAGCUGCGUCACCUGGAGUGCCUGAGAAAGAGGUCGGCUUUGAAGGGGACAACUUACGCUUCGUGCGGGUUCUACGCACCAACUCUGUGGCAGUGAGGGAAUCCGCUGGCAGCGGCGGCGCCGUCUACGCUGUGUCGUGCAGAGCCAAUCACAGCUGCAAGCCCAAUGCCGCGUUGUGCGUCCAAGAGGACGGCACCAUGCACCUGAAAGCUUUGAGAGACUUGCAUCCAGGUGAAGCGGUCUUCGUCUCCUACAUCGGCGAGGGAGAUCUCUUGCGCCCUCGCCCACACCGACAGGAGCAGCUCGGGCACUGGGGAUUCACCUGCAACUGCGAGCGCUGUGGAGCUGCGGAAGAUACCCGAGGCUUUCGAUGUAGCUGUGGAUCUGGUGUGAUGAAGUAUGAGGCUUCUGAGGUCGGACCCGGCCACCGCUGGGGUCCUUGCAAUUGCUGCAAGGCAGUGCUUCCAGAGGAGACCCUGCUUGGAACUGAAGAGCUAUGGCAAGAGCACGUCUUCUCCUUGAGACCUGAAAGAACCAAGCACUUGUCGCAGAUUGCCUUAGCCAUGUAUGACGGCUUGGUCGACCAAGCCGCAGAGACGGAGUCCAUCGUUCCAGCCUUGGAUGGCCAUUGGAUCAGCGCCAAGUUGGCUCGCCUGGCAGCGGAGGAGCUCAUCCGUCAAGAGCGAGUGCAAGACGCCCGAGCAGCGGCGCAACUCUUACGGCGCUACGUGCGCAAGACCUUGGGCGUGGCGGCCACACGGAUCUCGGCCUUCGCGAGCUACAUCGAAGCUGCAGCCGCUGCAGUGGAGGGGAAGGAACAAGAAGCUCAGGAGCUUUGCCAGGCUGCCUUGAGGGAGGCCCAGCUGUUGCCUCGCAAUGGUGAUCAGCUCUCAGAGAAGGUAGGGGAGCUCCAGAGGAGCUUGGUGAAACAGAAGGAGCUCACCAUGAGCUGAGCACAUGCCAUGCUUUUUGUCCUGUUCCGCGCCGCUUUCUGGUGGUUUCUCGCGCACCAGUGAUGCAUCUUAAGAGUACAACGGAUGAGAAGCAUCGAUCGAUUGGACCUAGCAAUUUUCGUAGCCAGUGGAUCUCAGAAGCAAGAGCAGAUGAUUUUGGGG